AUUUUAUUGAAGAAAGUGAGGAGAAUGAAGAAUUUAGUCAAGAUGAGGAGAAACAUCAUGUCAAAACUGGAGAAAAAUCUUUGAGUUGCUCUCAAACCAAACAGAAAGAUUUAAAGAAAAGAGGAGCCAAGAAAUGUUUCACCUGCACUCAGUGUGGAAAGAGUUUGACAAGUAAAUAUAGUCUUGAUGUUCACAUGAGAAUUCAUACUGGAGAGAAACCAUUCACUUGUGAUAAAUGUGGGAAGAGCUUCACACAAUCGUUAAGCCUUAAGAAACACAUGAACAUCCACACUGGAGAGAAACCGCACACGUGUGAUCAGUGCGGGAAGAGUUUCACACGAAAAGAAAGCCUUAUUACACAUAUGAUAAUUCAUACAGGAGAGAAACCAUUCACAUGUAAUCAAUGUGGAAAGAGUUUUGCAUACUUAGCAAACCUUAAGGUACACAUGAACAUUCACACUGGAGAAAAACCUUACAAGUGUUCACACUGUGACAAGAGAUUCAGUCGUUCAGGACAUCUGAAAACACAUGAGAGGAUUCACACUGGAGAGAAACCGUAUCACUGCACUGCAUGUGGGAAGUGUUUCAAUCGUUCAUCAAAUGUAUCAAAUCACAUGUGGGCCUCUGUAGGUGAAGAUGCGGUGUUGACGGCAAUGUGUAAUCUGAAUGUGACCCUAAAGUGGCCCAUGUG